AUGGCUCUGCCUCUGUUAGUAUUAGUUUCGAUCUUUGUUCUCGUUCUUGCAUACAUUCUGUACCAGAGGCUGAGGUUCAAGCUACCGCCUGGUCCACGACCGUGGCCGAUUGUUGGGAACCUCUAUGAUGUCAAGCCUAUUAUGUUCAGAUGUUUUGCAGAGUGGGCUCAGGCUUACGGACCAAUUGUUUCAGUUUGGUUUGGUUCAACUUUGAAUGUAGUUGUGUGUAAUGCGGAACUGGCCAGGCAAGUUCUCAAAGAGAAUGACCAGCAGCUGGCUGAUAGACAUAGGUCUAGAUUUCUCGCCAGGUUUAGUAGAGAUGGCAAGGACCUCAUAUGGGCUGACUAUGGUCCUCACUACGUGAAGCUUAGGAAAGUGUCUACUCUUGAGCUUUUCUCAGCAAAAAGACUCGAGGAACUCAAACCUAUUAGAGAAGAUGAGGUUUCUUUCAUGGCAGAAUCCAUUUUCAAGGAUUGCACCAAUCCAGAAAACCAUGGAAAAAUCUUGUUGGUGAAGAAAUAUCUGGGAGAUGUGGCUUGGAAUAACAUUACAAGACUAGCAUUUGGGAAGCGGUUCAUGAAUUCAGAGGGGAUAAUUGAUGAGCAAGGCCAAGAAUUCAAGGCAAUUGUUUCCGAUGGAUUUAGGCUUGGUGCAUCACAUUCCAUGGCCGAGCACAUUCCAUGGCUUCAAUGGAUGUUUCCACUAGAGGAAGAGGCUUUUGCCAAGCUUAAUGCUCGUCGAGACAGGUUGGUUAGAUCUAUCAUGGAGGAACAUAACAAUGCACGCAAGAAAAGUGGUGGUGCCAAGAAUCAUUUUGUUGAUGCAUUGCUAACACUGCAAGAAAAAUAUGACCUCAGUGAGGUCACAUUUAUUAGUCUCCUAUGGGACAUGAUCAGUGCUGGCAUGGAUACGACAGCAAUCUCAGUGGAGUGGGCAAUGGCUGAGCUAAUCAAGAACCCAAGGGUUCAACAGAAGGCUCAAGAUGAGCUAGACCGAGUGGUUGGGUUCGAACGUGUCAUGACUGAAGCAGAUUUCCCAAAUCUCCCUUACCUGCAAGCUAUAGUCAAGGAAUCGCUGAGGUUGCACCCACCAACACCACUGAUGCUACCUCAUCGUGCCAAUACUACUGUUAAAAUCGGCGGCUAUGACAUCCCUAAGGGAUCAGUUGUUCAUGUAAACGUGUGGGCUGUGGCUCGUGAUCCGGCUUUGUGGAAGAACCCUUUAGAGUUCCGGCCAGAGAGGUUCUUCGAGGAGGAUGUCGACAUGAAGGGUCAUGAUUUCAGGCUACUUCCAUUCGGAGCUGGAAGAAGGGUGUGUCCUGGUGCACAGCUUGGUAUCAAUCUGGUCACGUCUAUAAUCGGUCAUCUGCUUCACCAUUUUCAUUGGACCACCCCUGAUGGUGUCAAGCCAGAGGAAAUUGACAUGUCAGAAAGACCUGGACUUGUCACUUAUAUGAUGACCCCAUUACAAGCAGUGGCCACUCCUCGCCUGCCUUCACACUUGUACAAGCGGAUGGCUUCAGAUAUGUGAUUUGCACUUUGCUGCCAUGGUUGUGCUUGGAUUAUAUUAGUUUGGA